AUGCCUGUUCCUGACGAAAAUUCCACAAUAUAUGAGACCAACAGUCUGAUAAACGAGGAGCUUUCAUGGGAAAUGGAUGAAGUUAGGGCUGAGUUCAAUAAGCUUCAUAAUUCUUUAAAUGAUGAUCAAAGAGCAGUGUAUAACCAGAUAACAUAUAGCUGUUGUUGUCACGAGGAUGAAGCACCGAUGGUACACAAACAUGCUUUUGAGGCUCUUGACCAUACAUUGAAAGAUGUUUUGAGUGUCUCUGAUUCACGAAAUUAUGAACUUCCAUUUGGUGGAAAGGCUAUUGUAUUUGGUGGUGACUUUAGGCAAAUCCUACCAGUUGUACAAAAUGGAAGCAGGCAAGACAUCGUACACGCCUCUUUAUGUUCAUCUUACAUAUGUUCGAGUUUCAAGGUGUUAAAUUUGACAACGAACAUGUGUUUGUCUGUUGGAUCGAGUAGCUCAAACAUCGAGGAGAUAAAAGAAUUUGGUAAAUGGCUUCUCGAGAUCGGCGAAGGCAAUGUUGGUGAUUCUAAUGAUUGUAAUUCAAGUAUUGAAAGGUGGAUUAGCAAGUCUUUAUGUGGGUAA